AUGGCAGACAAGUACAUCAUCCGCGUGACGGCGGGAUCGGGGUACGACGUCGGCGAGCACGUGGUGGUGCCGGUCAACACGGCCGAGCCGGUGCGCAUCUCGAGCGCGCUGGCCGACGUCGAGCUCAACGUGCGCGUGCAGAACUACCGCGGCCUGCCGCGCAACUCGCCCGCCUCGUCGCCCUACUUCGACCAGGAGCCCCACGAGUACAACGGCGACCAGUACAGCAUCGCCUUUCGCUUCACGCCCAAGAAGCCUGCCAAGGCGGUGGCAGACGGGGACAGUGGAGAGAAGGAUGACGAUGAAGAGGAAGAAGCUGAGGGCAUCUCAGCCACGGACCUGCAGUUCGGCAACGACUUCGAUCACCCGAUCCGCGACCGGCUGCCGCCCGGCUUCGGGACGGCCAUGAACAUCGUGCGGUGGUGGAUCGACCCGGGCCUGGAGGGCGACGCGUACGCCGACGAGCCGUACCUGUACGGGCCGGCACUGAGCUCUUUCAACGCGGUGCACUGGGGCGCGGGCGAGGUGGACGCUGCCAAGGGCGGGCUGUGGUUCGGCGAGGGCGGCAGCGAGUCCGGGUUGGCGGCGCGUCGUGAUACGGGCGCCCCCGACGACGCCAAGGCCCGCAUGAAGUGGGCCCUCAAGCCCGACAGCAAGCGCCGCUGGGUCUGGCGCUACGGCGACACGUACGCCCUCGACUUCUUCAACCCUUAUGUCGAUUUUAACGAGUUCGCGCUGCGCCUGCCGGGGUUCCAUCUGCCCAUCAUCCGCUACUGGGACGGCCAGAGCCUGAGGUCCCAGCCCAAACGCUCACACCAGCUCAGAUACGUUCUGCGCAACCGCUCCACGGGCGCCGUGUACCUGGCCGUGCUGUUCACGCUGUACCUGAAAGAAGACGUCAACGAGGACGGCUCGCUCAAGCCGGCAGCCCUACAAAACAAGGGCGGACAUGAGAAGAAGGAGGGCGGUGUAGAUGAUGAUGAUGAGGAGGGAAAUGGGCACGACGAGGACUUUGACGAGGAAAAGGCCCUGGCCGAGGCGAGGCGCAAGCUGUCGGGCGUGGACCUAGAUGCGGGGCCCGAGACUAACGAGGACGACGUGGACUGA